AUGGCCAGGACGACGGCGGUGAGGACAUAUGGACGGACGCGGAGGACGAAAGCAGUGAUCAUAUCACCUGACACGGCCCAACAAGCACCAUCUUCAAUCAGUUAUUUAAUUGAAGACAAGGAAAAUCAGAAACCCGAGGUGAAGCCAAAACGGAAGCAGGUCAAUUCUAUACUGCCAGAUGAUGGCGUGGAGAACCUGGUGACCUUAACGGAGAGGAUCAAGGAGAUCCACAUCGAGGAGCCGCGUGUAACAACAAUAACAACAGCGGAAACUAAACGACAGCCGAGAAAAACGAAAAGGCAACCUUCGCCAAGGCCCCCCAGUACGCCGUGCAAAGUCAAGCCGGAGAAGGAAAGACCAGUCGAGCCUCGCAGUCCAGCACCGUCCGACCAACCCAUCCUGUGCUGGGGCGAUGUCUGUCCGCCUGGUGACCGCAUCGAGAAGAUCGCCGAGGCGUCUUAUGCAGAGGUUUACCGGAUCAGUAACGAGCGCGGAACCAGCAUAAUCAAGGUUGUCCGUCUCGAAUCUCCCAUCAAACCGCAGACCAAGGCCCAGGAAAAGUCGGGCCUGGUGGACGAGGAACCGCAUGGUGAGGAUGACCUGGGCGGCGAGGUUCGCAUCUCGGAGUGGUUGGCCGACAUACCCGGCUUUGUAGUCUACAAAGAACGCUUUGUGGUAAAGGGCAAGGCAACCAAGGAGCUUUUGGAGACACACCAAGUCUUUCAUCGCCGGAUGAAGAGGAAGGACCCAGACCGGCUGCAAUUCUACCCUUCUCCGAGUCGUUAUCUCCCCGAAACUAAAUUCCUGGUCCUUGAGCUCGGAGAUGCCGGUGUGUCUCUGGAGGACUUCAAGCUGGACUCGAUCAGCCAAGUUUGGGAUGUUCUGUUGCUUGUGGCCAUCGCACUAGCGAGGGCCGAGUAUCAGGUCGGCUUUGAGCACCGGGAUCUUCACGAAGGAAACCUCUGUGUGCGUCAGGUACGGUCUCCCAGGACGAAAGAAGACCCAGAAUCACCUAUACACUUUGGCUAUUCGGGCCUCGACAUCACGAUUCUAGACUACGGUCUCUCGCGGGCUCAAGACCCGGACAUGGAGGAUCCCGAGCCGAUUGCGUUCGACCUCGAAAAGGACCUCAGCCUCUUUACCAGCACGCACGCCCCGCAGUGCAAAGUAUACCGCCAGAUGCGGUCGUACAUGAUCAAGGGUGACCGCGCCUACCUGCCACCGCGCUUUCACACCAAACCUUACGAAGGGGGGAGGAUAUCGUGGAGCGAACACCACCCCUUUACGAAUGUGCUGUGGCUCGCGUACAUAUACGAGUACAUGGCGAAGCACUUUUGCGGCGACAAGCGAGACCUCGCGGCAUUCAAAAAGACCACACGGGAGCUCUGGGCUCACCUCAACCCCGAUGCGCCGCCGGAUGUGCAGUCUUUCUCCAGCGCCGCCGACGUGGUGCGCUUUGUUGUCGAGGCUGGCUGGGUGACAGAGGCGCAGGUCACCGAUGAUCAUCAUGGUGGGGACAGGGAUGACGAGGACGAUUACCACGAGGCGAGCAUCAUCGAGGUGCAGGUUUCGGAUAGGGACGAUUCACGAUUGCGGCGGUCACCUAGGCGGCGGCAGGGCCCGUUACCUUAA